AUGUCUUCUGGAUCUCGCCAAAGGAAAUCAUCUUCAUCUGGACAGGGUGAUAGAGUUAAACAAAAGUUCCCGGACAAAUUGUGGAGUGUUGUUUGUGAUGACAGUGAAGAUUCCUGCUUAUGGACUGCUACUGGAGAAUCCAUUUUGAUUAACAAAGGAAAGUUUACUCAAAAAUUUUUAUCCAACUCGAGUCGCCUUUUUCGAACCAGUAAUUUUAAAUCUUUUGUGCGACAAUUAAAUCUUUAUGGAUUCCGUAAAGUUAACAAAAUGAGAAGAAGAGACUAUGAAAUUUGGUGGGAAUAUCGUAAUGAAAAUUUCAUCCGAGAUCGUCCUGAUUUGCUUAAACUUAUUAGAAGAAAAGCUUCCGUAGAUGACAUGGACGAUAUUACAGAGCCAAAUCGACCUGUUAGGAGACGACGAGAUCCAAGACGGAUUACAAAAGUAUUCAAUCUUCGGUUAGCGCAAUUUGACGAUGAUCCUGAUGAGGAAUCAAAUGAUGACUGUGUGCGAGAACAAAAAAUUGACUUGGUGCCUAGCAGGUCUCAGAAUUCCGAGUUAAUUUUAGACUUUUUUGAAAAAAACUCUCAUGUAGGUUCAAAAAAAGACUAUUUAUUGUCAUUUAUGGGUGAUGAAUCGUGCUAUGAACUUUUUUCUGAUCAAGAAAUUGAAGAUUCUACUAAAGAAGUUGAAACAAUUAUAGCAAGGAUGGAUGCUAUUGAAGGCAAUUUACCAUCAUCUCAGGAAUACAAUCCAAUGCUAGGAACUAGUGAUUCAGAUGAGCUUACGUACGAAACCAAGUCCCAUCUUUCCUUUACACCAACAUAUCCCCUUUCACCAUCAUUGUGA